GGAAGAGGAGCAGCAUCAUGGCGGACGGAGGCAGUUUCCUCGUCUCUCUGCGGCGGGAGAGGAGACUCACCUGAGUCCAGGUCAGACACACAGGAGCCUCCGUCCUCCUCUGAUGAAGAAGCCGCUGCAGCCUCACUUCAGGACGGCUGUGUUGACCUGGGAGUCUGAAAGUGAGGCGGCAAAAUGAGCUCGUCUCAAGAGAGAGACACAAGCAGACCUCACCGCUGUCAGCAGUGCGACAAAUCAUUUGAAACGCCGUCGAAGCUGCAGCAUCAUCAGAGGGUUCAUGCGGCAAAGAAACCCUACAGCUGUGACCAGUGUGGGAAGAGCUUCACACAACAGGGUUCAUUAAAGACACACAAACGCACUCACACCGGAGAGAGACCGUACCGCUGUGAACUGUGCGGGAAGAGUUUCAGCAUCUCAAGUCACUACAGAGAACAUCAACGCAUCCACACCGGAGAGAAACCAUACCGCUGCGAUCAGUGUGGGAAGAGUUUUAAUCAUUCAGGCGCAUACAGGCGGCAUCAGCGGAUCCACACCGGAGAGAAACCGUACACCUGCGACCAAUGCGGGAUGAGGUUCCGGUACUCGAGCGACUACAGGCAACACCAACGGAUCCACACCGGAGAGAAACCGUACCGCUGCGAUCAAUGCGGGAGGAGGUUCAGAUACUCCAGCGACUACAGACAGCACCAGCGCAUCCACACCGGGGAGAAACCGUACACCUGCGACCGAUGCAGGAAGAGUUUCCAUCAGCUGAGCAUGUACAGGCAGCAUGAGCGCAUCCACACCGGAGAGAAACCGUACGGCUGCGACCGGUGUGGUAAAAGCUUCACCCAGCUGAGCACGUUUCAGUCGCAUCAGCGCGUCCACACCGGAGAGAAACCGUACUGGUGCGACCGGUGCAAGAAGAACUUCUCCCAAAACAGUUCACUCCAGCGGCACCAGAGGGUCCACACCGGGGAGAAGCCGUACAGCUGCGACCUGUGCGGGAAGAGCUUCGCGCAGCAGCAGUCGCUCAAGGCCCACAAGAGCAUCCACACCGGGGAGAGGCCGUACGGCUGCGAGCACUGCGGCCGGAGCUUCAACCACCUGAACGCCUUCAGGCGGCACCAGCGUCUGCACACCGGGGAGAAACCGUACGGCUGCGAGCUCUGCGGGAAGAGCUUCACGCACGUGGGCGCGCUGACGGUGCACAGGCGCGUGCACACCGGAGAGAAACCGUACGCCUGCGAACUCUGCGGGAAGUCCUUCAAACAGUACAGUCAGAUCUACGCGCACAAGCGCAUCCACACCGGGGAGAAGCCGUACUGGUGCGACCAGUGCAAGAAGAACUUCUCCCAGCUGUGUCAGCUGAAGAGGCACCGGUGCGUCCAAACGGAGCCGAGCGCCGCCGCCGGCGCCCUGCAGCCGGCGCCACUCCAGCUGAACGGGAACGACACGAACGCAUCGCUUCAUGGAAUUAACCAUCUUCAAACAGCUGAUGAUGAUUCAUGAAUUCAAAAUAGAUUCUUUCAUUUUAAAUUUUUGAUGGGACUUUUUUGGGGGGGAGAAUUAUUAUCAUAGAGAAUUUCUUUAUUUAAUUCGUGGUGCUACAGUGCUACAAUAUGUACUUGAGUAUUUCCAUUUCAAGCUACUUUACAUUUCUACUCCACUACAUUUCAGAGGGAAACAAUGCAAUUUUUACUCCACUACAUUUAUUUGAAAGCUUCAGUUACCAGUUACUUCGCAGAUUAGAUUAUUAAUACUAAUUAUAAAUCAACUAAUAAAAUAUAUUUACAGGUUAAUAUACUUUAUAUGUAGGUGUAUCCUUCCUCAGCUCCAGCUUUAUAAUGUUCAGUUGAUAAAGUUCAGUUUGUGUUGACCUUGUGCAGAAUGUGCCUCUUUAAUUCUGUGUUUAUUACUGAGGUUGUAGUUUGCAGAGGUCUGCUACUGGACUGCAUUAUACUGAGAGGG